AUGGUUAGACAGUUAAAGCAUCAUGAACAGAAGCUCUUGAAGAAGGUGGAUUUCCUUGAUUGGAAGCAGGAUCAGGGCCACAGAGAUACCCAAGUUAUGAGAACAUACCAUAUUCAAAAUAGAGAAGACUACCAUAAAUACAACAAGAUUUGUGGUGAAAUCAGAAAACUAGCACAUAAAUUAUCAUUAUUACAACCUACUGAUCCAUACAGAAUAAAACACGAGCAAUUGUUGUUGGAAAAAUUGUAUUCUAUGGGAGUACUUGCCACCAAAUCCAAAAUAUCCGACUUGGAAAACAAAGUGACUGUCAGUGCAUUUUGCCGUAGAAGAAUACCAGUGGUUAUGUGUCGUCUCAAGAUGGCAGAGACAGUCAGCGAUGCUGUUACGUUUGUUGAGCAGGGCCACGUAAGGGUGGGGCCUAAUGUGAUUACCGAUCCAGCUUAUCUUGUAACCAGAAACUUAGAAGAUUACUUGACCUGGGUUGAUUCGUCGAAGAUCAAAAGAAACGUUCUCAAGUACAAGAAUAAGAUUGAUGAUUAUGACUUGGCUUGA